AUGAACAAAUACUCCUCCGAGCAUAUCGACAUUAUCGUGGACACCGCUCCACAAGGAAUCCUUGGCACAUUUAUUCCAGGUCAGACAAUAUCCGGCAAGGUCAUCUACAAGCCAACAACUCAAGUCGAUAUCAAUCACGUCGUUAUAAUCUGCAAAGGGAUUUGCUUCACAGAGAUUACGGAACGUAGUGGCAACAAUACCAUAAGUCAUUAUCCCGAGAAGAUCAUCUUGUUCAGGAAUCUGGAUACGAUAUUCAGAGGACCUCAUACCAUUCCUGCAGGAACAUAUGAAUGGCCCUUCCAAUUUGAGCUGCCUAUCAGAUGCAAUUACAGCCGGAAGAGUCAUCGAAGAGAUAACCAGUACCGAUUAGGCGACCAGGAACUACCUCCAACUUUCAAAUUAGCCAGCGAAAACUUCUCACAACCUCCAGAAGCACAAGUCAGCUACAAGCUUAAAGUCAAGAUCAACCCAGGAAGCAUCAUACACACGAUUAAGCGCGCGAAGGAACUCCCGGUAUGGUCUCUGUCUUCGACUCCGUUGAAACCGCCAGUGCCACUAGACAGCUACAGUGAGGGCAAUGGUCGCUUUAAGAGCAACUCGCUGCGACCGACUCAGCACACAUUCAAGGAGAAGAUGAAGCAUGCUUUCACCAGCGAUGCCUCAUUAAAAACUCCAGAGAUCAACAUUGCCGUGCAGUUCAAGAUGCCUCGAUGCGUUAGCGCGACGCAGUACAUGCCGGUGGAGCUCGCUUGCAAAUAUACCAAGACGGGGCAGAACGAUCCAGAAUCUCCAGAAUUGAUCCUCGACGGCUGCACUUUCUCUCUCAAGUCGUACGUGAACGUCAGAUCGAGUGGCACUCUCAGCGAGCAUCAUGACAAUGGAAGAGAGACAGUUCUCAGCCAUACGAUACGUGGCAACCAAAAGUUGCUCUCACAUGAUGGUUCUUUCAUCCCUGUAUGGGAACCUAUCCGUCUGGCAGACAUGACAUCGCACGUCCAUCGCCUUGUUCCGACUUUUAGCACAUGGACAAUCACAAUGUGGUAUAAGAUGAUCGUCAAGAUUAGGGUUCGUCAUGUCCAGACAGGGCAUAUCUGGAAGUUUGAGAGCAAGUUUCCCUUUGAAAUAUUGCCUGGAGAAGUUGAAGUACCUGCGUACAGCAAGCAGCAGACAUCUUUAGUCGAAGCCGGACCAUCAGAACUCUACCCACCACAACUCCAGAGCGACAAUCAAGCAUCAUCGAGCUCUGCAGGCCCACCAGAAUUCCGCGAUGAUCUGGCACCUCCGUCAUACAAUUCUGGAGAUGUUUGGAGGACCGAACCCAAUCUCAAGAGAGCAUGUUGA